AUGUCGAAUUCCAAAACAGGAUUACCCCAGGCGAGCAGAGCUGGAAGCUCAAAAUCUCGCACUGAUUUGUCAGUCUGCCUCGAGGAUUCUGGAGGAGGCAAAAAUUCGAUAUCGGGACACACCAUUAAAAGACGAAAACCAAAGAAAAUUUACAUAGCGACGUACAACAUACGCAUAAUGAGACGAGAGGAACACCUAAUAAGCCUCGAAAGAGAGUUAAGAAACAUUAAAUGGGAUAUCAUGGGAGUCAGCGAGACGCGACUACCGGGCGAGGAAACCACGCUGCUAAAAUCUGGGCACCUGUUGUUCCAGAAGAAUGCAGAGGAGUCGCACUUGGGCGGAGUGGCGCUCUUGAUCCACAAAGAAAUAAAACACUUAGUUACCAAGUUGAAGGCGGUGUCUGACCGCGUCGCCUAUGUGCUGCUGAGACUGAACCAAAGAUACAUCCUGCAGAUUAUCCAAGCAUAUGCUCCCACGAGUACUGCCCAAGAUGAGGAUAUAGAGCGGUUUUACGAAGACCUUAUAGAGGCGAGAUCUACUGAAAAGGCACACUUCACGAUAAUGAUGGGCGAUUUUAAUGCUAAGAUCGGAAGACAAACAAUGGCCGACACAAAUAUCGGAAUGUUCGGCUUGGGGACAAGGAACAACAGAGGCCAAACGCUAAUAGACUUUCUCGGUAGGGAAGGAAUGUAUUGCAUGAAUACCUUCUUUCAGGAAAAGCCACAGAAAAAAUGGACAUGGAGAAGCCCAGACGGCACAGUAAAAAAUGAAAUAGAUUACAUCCUCAGUUCGAAUAAAAAUAUUUGUACUGACGUCUCUGUAUUGAAUCGCUUUGACACCGGUAGCGAUCAUCGGCUGGUAAGAGCGUGUUUUCAGAUUGAUACAAGGCUCGAAAGAAAGAAGUUAGUGUUGAGAUAUCUACAACCGUGCAGAGAGAGUUUGAAAACCGAGAAGCGAAAAUACCAGAGCCAUCUGGAGGGGAAGCUGGGCCCGGAGUGUGAGCUCGGCCGUUUGGAACUAAACGAUCUAAACUUAAAGAUCACCAACAGCAUUAAAUCUGCAGUAAAGCGAACAUGCGCACUCAAAAACAGAGCCAACCCUAAGAUCACCCAGGCUACGGAGAGACUCAUCGAAGAAAGAAGGAACACUGAUAGAGACUCUAUAAGAUAUACGCAGCUCAACAAAGAAAUAAAGAAGGCGAUCCGAAGGGACGUAAGAGCAAAUAAAACGAGGGAAAUUGAGCGAGCAAUCGAGGACAACAUGAACCUCAAAUCCCUCAGAUCAAAACUAGCCAGGGGAAGCGAGAAUCAACUGAAACAAGUAAUCAGAAAUGUAGGUUCGGAGGAGAUCCCGGAAGUAUCGAGAGACGAGCUCAGAGCAGUGCUGAAAGAGUUAAAAAAUCGCAAAAGCCCGAGUCCGGACCAAAUAACUGGUGAAAUGCUGAAAGUUGGAGGAACUGGACUGGAGGGAGACCCUGCCGACAUUGCAAAUUACAGGCCGAUCAGCCUACUUAACAUCCUUUAUAAAGUGCUGACAAAGAUAGUCACGAAGCGCCUCACUAGCAAAUUGGACUUCUUCCAACCAAUUGAACAGGCCGGAUUCAGGAAAGGUUAUAGUACCAUCGAUCACCUUCAGGCUAUACGCACGCUGGUGGAGAGAUGCACGGAAUACAAUAUUCCGCUUAAUAUGGCGUAUGUGGACUACCAGAAGGCAUUUGACUCAGUGAAAACUUGGGCGAUACUGGAGGCAAUGGAUUUGGCGAGAGUUGACUCAAGAUACUCGAACCUUAUAAAAUACAUCUAUAGACAAGCCACACUGGAAGUUAAAAUCAACGAUGACAUGUGCACCGAGAAGGUUCAAGUGAGGAGAAGAGUUAGGUAG